GCAAAUAGCCAGCCUCUCUCAGCCUCGUCUCGUCUUGUGCAGUCGCUUUUAGUCGUCGUCUCCUUUGUCACCCAGUGAUCUCGGAGCGCAACUUUUCGUCGACACCUCAUACCCCCAACUCGUGCAUGUUCUCCAACCAGCUUGGGAGCCCUCACAACCCCCACCGCGGCUCCAAACACACUUGCUCGGACGCGUUAAGAUUCUCGUUCUGAUUCCCCUCUACGUUUCUUCGUCAAACUCUUCAUCCUUAACCCUCAACCGAAAUGGCUCCCGCCUACUCUUCCGGAUUGAACACCCCCGAAUCAGAGCUUGAGUCACUCGUGCCCGUUCAUCCGACUGCUACGCGCCGUCCGUAUCCCAUCGUCGUGCAGUCGGAGAACACGUCCUACUCAGACGAGUUCAUUACCUCCAAGUUUGUUAACCGUGGUGCGGCUGUGACUGUUCGCGAUGGACAGUUCGUCGUUGCCCCUACUUCCAAAGCCUACGAGUUUCAAACCGCUCGUAAGGUUGCAAAGACCGGCCUCAUGAUGAUUGGCAUAGGAGGCAACAACGGCACUACGCUUUGCGCCACCGUUCUCGCUAACCGUCACAACAUCUCUUGGCACACCAAGUCCGGCAUCCAGCAGCCGAACUACAUCGGCUCGAUGCUUCGCGCGUCUACCGUCAGUCUCGGUAUGGACCCGUCCACCGGGAAGGACGUCCACGUCCCCGUCUGCGAUGUCUUGCCCAUGGCCCAUCCCAAUGACCUCGUCCUCGGCGGUUGGGACAUUUCCGGCGUACCGAUGGACGAAGCGAUGAAGCGUGCCGAGGUCCUCGACUGGGACCUUCAGCGCCAGGUUGCUCCGCGUAUGGCCCAGCUCGGCAGGCCUCUUCCAUCGAUUUACUAUCCCGAUUUCAUCGCCGCCAACCAGGAAGCCCGCGCGGACAACGUAAUCCUGGGCACUGACAAACAGGUGCACCUCGAGCACAUCCGCGCCGACAUUCGUCGCUUCAAGCAGGAGAAUGGCCUGGACCGCGUCGUCGUCUUCUGGACUGCCAACACAGAGCGUUACGCGGACGUAAUCCCCGGCAUCAAUGACACCGCAGACAACAUCCUCAAGGCUAUUGAGACCUCCCACUCCGAGGUGUCCCCGUCGACCGUUUUUGCCGUCGCCGCGAUUCUCGAGGGCGAGCCUUUCGUGAACGGCGCUCCCCAGAACACCUUUGUUCCCGGUGUCAUCGAGCUCGCGGAGCGCCACAAGUCGUUCAUCGGUGGCGACGAUCUCAAAUCCGGCCAGACCAAGCUCAAGUCUGUCUUCGCCGAGUUUCUCGUCAACGCCGGCAUUAAGCCGCUCUCGAUCGCGUCAUACAACCAUCUCGGCAACAACGAUGGGCACAACCUGUCCGCAGAGCGUCAGUUCAAGAGCAAGGAGAUCAGCAAGAGCAGCGUCGUUGACGACAUGGUCGCGGCCAACCCGCUUCUGUACAAGCCGCCCGCACCCGGCGUUCCCAAGGGCUCCAAGGAGGCCAAGGGCGAGCACCCUGACCACAUUGUCGUUAUCAAGUAUGUUCCCGCCGUCGGCGAUAGCAAGCGCGCUAUCGACGAAUACUACUCUGAGAUCUUCUGCGGUGGUCGCUCGACGAUCAACAUCUUCAACGAGUGCGAGGACUCCCUGCUUGCUACUCCGCUUAUCCUCGACUUGACGAUCCUCACCGAGCUGCUCACGCGCGUCAAGUACCGCGACGCGUCUGCCUCGGGCGAGUUCGCGCCGCUGUACUCGGUGCUUUCGCUCCUUUCGUACAUGCUCAAGGCCCCGCUUGUCAAGCCUGGUACCGACGUCGUCAACAGCCUCAACCGCCAGCGCAACGCGCUCGAGGCGUUCCUCAAGGCGUGCAUCGGCCUCGAGAGCAACAGUGACCUUUUACUGGAGACGCGCAUCUGGUAGGGGAGUUCCGGUGGGGGACCCGUCUUUCGGUAUCUGAAGGAAGCUGUGGUGCAGCAAUAGUUUGAUUCUGGACACUGUCAAUACAUCUUUAAGCUGGACAUGCAUACACCUCGGCUAGAUCUAGAUACGUUCUUUCCUAGAACCAGAGUGUGGUCAAUACAUAAACUGCUCAGCUU